AUGUCUUUUUCAGAAGAAGAUACUAUUGAUUUAGAAGACCUGGAAUUUAUUAAAUUUUCACCUGAAGUACAAAAUGCAAUAGAUCAGGUUCUUCCUAGUGAUGAUCCUCUUGAUCAACCGGAUUUUAACGCAGUAGAUUAUAUUAAUUCAAUUUUUCCUACCGAACAGUCUUUAUCAAAUAUUGACGAUGUUAUUAAUAGUUUUGAAACGAAAAUACAUUCGAUUAAUGAAGAAAUGAGAACUGUAAUCAGGGGACAAACAAGUUUAAGCAAAGAUGGGUGUGCGUCACUGGAGCAUGCUAAAGUUGUUAUACAUCAGUUAUUAGCACAUGCAGGUAAAAUUAAAAGUCAAGCAGAAGAAAGUGAGAAUACAGUUCAUGAAAUAACGAGGGAUAUUAAACAAUUAGAUGCUGCAAAAAAAAAUUUAACUCUGGCCAUAACAACCCUUAAUCAUCUUCAUAUGUUGGUUUCAGGAGUUGAAACAUUAAAAGCAUUGACCAAAAAUCGUCACUAUGGCGAAAUCAUAUUACCUUUAUUAGGAGUUAGCGAAGUUAUGGAACAUUUUAAUAAUUACAUGGAUAUUCCUCAAGUUAGUCAGUUAAGUAAAGAAGUACAUGAUAUAAGAGUUACUCUUGCUCAACAAAUAAAUUCAGACUUUCACAGUGCAUUUUCUGACAGUAACACAAAACAUUCUGUUCCGAUAGCGAAAUUGACGGAAGCUAGCAAAGUUGUAUCAGUAUUAGAUCCGGAAGUGAAAAAUGAUUUGUUAAAAUGGUUCAUUAAUUUACAAUUGACUGAAUAUAUUCAUUUAUUUCAAGAAUCUGAAGAUUGCGCUUGGUUAGAUAAAAUAGAUAAGAGGUAUGCAUGGAUUAAACAUCAUUUAUUAAGUUUCGAAGAAAAAUUUGGUAGAAUGUUUCCUCCCGAUUGGGAAGUAUCGGAAAGGAUCACAGUAGAAUUUUGUAAAAUAACAAGAAACGAUUUAAGUAAACUCAUGAACAAACACAUUGCAGAAUUAGACGUCAAACUUUUGUUGUAUGCAAUUCAAAGAACGGACAAUUUUGAAAACUUGUUAGCGCGUAGAUUUUCUGGAGUAACGUUACAGGCGGAAAAUGGGAAAGUUGUUCAACUCUCAUUACAGGCAAAAACGACGAAUGUUUAUGAUAAUAAUACGGAAAAGUCAAGCGAAUCCGACGAUGCAUCAUCGGUUAAGACACCAGUUGCAAAUCAUCCUUUUCACGGGAUAAUCGGACAAUGUUUUGAAUCUCAUUUAAAUAUUUACGUUCAAAGUUUAGAUAGAAAUCUUUCAGAUUUAAUGGAAAGAUUUGUUGCCGAUACGGGAAAACAUUUUUCGACGAAGGAAUUGAGCGACACGGAAGCCACCGUCCUUCCUUCUUGUGCUGAUCUUUUCGUAUUUUAUAAAAAAUGUUUAGUUCAAUGUUCUCAAUUAUCCACUUCGGUAACAAUGUUACAAUUAUCAUAUACAUUCCAAAAAUAUUUAAGAGAAUACGCUUUAAAAAUACUUCAAAAUAAUUUACCCAACGACAUUGCUGCGGGAUUCAUUCAAAGCAUAUUAAAAGAAGGAGAAGUGAGUCGAUUGGAAAAAGAUCAACAGAGAAGAAUAUGCGUCAUUCUUACAACUGCCGAAUAUUGUUUGGAAACCGUGCAGCAGUUGGAAGAUAAACUAAAGGAGAAAAUCGACAAAGAGCUUGCGAUUAAAAUCAACAUGUCGCACGAACUCGAUAUUUUUCACGGAGUCAUAUCAAGUUGCAUUCAGCUUCUUGUACAAGAUUUGGAAUCGGCUUGCGAUACCUCCUUGGUCGCCAUGACUAAAAUGAAUUGGCAAGGCAUUGAAAGUGUCGGCGAUCAAAGUUCUUACGUUUCAGCCAUAAGUAUGAAUUUAAAACUCACCGUUCCAUUUAUAAGAGAUCAACUUGCUUCUUCUAGAAAAUAUUUCACUCAGUUCUGUGUCAAAUUUGCCAGCGUUUUCAUUCCAAAAUUUAUUUCUUCUCUGUACAAAUGUCGUGCAAUAAGUACGGUAGGAGCUGAACAAUUGUUACUCGACACUCACUCUCUUAAAACUGUUUUGCUCGACAUGCCAAAUAUCGGGUCACAGGUUCAACGAAAAGCUCCUCCGAGUUACACAAAAAAUGUGAUUAAAAGCAUGAGAAAAGCGGAAAUGAUUCUCAAAGUCGUCAUGUCGCCAAUAAAACCGGAAGGAGCUUUCGUUGAUCAAGUCGCGAGGUUGUUACCCGAAUCUGAUCAAGCGGAAUUUCAAAAGCUUUUGGAAAUGAAGGGAGUCAAAAGAAACGAACAGUAUGGUUUACUAGAAUUGAGAAAAGAAAAGUUACCCGGUAUCGUUGGAAAUAAUUUUUCUAAUUCGGAUCACGAAGCGAGUCGCAUACAAAAAUUGGAAAAAUUGAUUAAUCGAAAAUAG